UUCUUGUUUGUUUCAAUUCAUAGUUUGUUGUUAUUAUUGAAAAUGGCUCAGUUAUUGGAUAAAGCGAAGAACUUUGCAGCGGAGAAGAUGAGUGAUGUGGCGAAGCCUGAGGCGCAUGUAACUGACGUGGACUUCAAGCGCGUGAGCAAGGAUCACAUUGAGUAUUUGGCCAAAGUCUCUGUUCAGAAUCCUUACUCUGCUUCUAUCCCUAUUUGUGAGAUCAAAUACUCUUUCAAAAGUGCUUCAAGGGAGAUAGCAACAGGGAGAAUACCAGACCCAGGAUCACUGAAGGGUAAAGACACAACAAUGGUGGAUGUGCCAGUGAAGGUACCUUACAAUGUAUUGAUGAGCUUAGCCAAGGACGUUGGUGCUGAUUGGGACAUAGAUUACCAAUUGGACAUUGGUCUUGUUAUUGAUCUUCCAGUCAUUGGAAACUUCACUAUUCCUCUCUCUCACAAUGGAGAGGUCAAGCUUCCAUCCCUCACUAGCAUGUUCAGCAAAGAAAAUUAAUCAAAAAUAAUAAUAAUUUAUUAUAACAAUUAAUAAAUAUUAAAUAAGUUAAGUUUUAUUUUUUAUUUUUUAUUUUUGUCUCUGUAGUAUUAUAGGAAAGUUUAAUGUUUUUUUUUAAUUUAAAUUAGUGUUGGGACACAUGUACAUGUGCAAUUGUGCAUGCAUAGUGCGUGCAUAUGCUUGUAAGUAGUAGUGCUAGUUUGUUCCAUACAUGUGUGUAUCUAUGAUUGUACGCAUAUAUAGUAUAUGCUUUUGAAUAAUUAUAUUAUACAAGAGGCGUCUUGUAAUAGUAUUCUCUUCGUAGCUUCAAGCAGGUUGAUCUAUUGGAUGGAA